AUAUUUGAUGGAGAUUCAGAAGGAGCAACUUCUUUGUAUAAGAUUUGCAAUGGAGUUGAUUAUCCUCAUAUAAUUCUUUCUUCAAAAAAUAAAUUAUAUAUAAAAUUUCGUACAGAUGUAUCAGAAAGUGGACGUGGUUUUAAGUUUGAUUAUAAAACAAAUUGCCACAAUACAUUAACAGGACAUAGAGGAGUAAUUGAAAGUCCUAAUUUUCCAAGUCCUUAUCCUCAUAAUUAUAACUGUAGUUGGACAAUUGAAGCCCCACUAGGAAAUAAUGUUUCUAUUGCUUUUUCACAUUUAAUAUUAGAAUCACAUACUGAUUGUCAUUUUGACUACGUAGAGAUUUUAGAAAAAUUGCGUGAUGAUACUGAGGUACAAAUUCAGAAAUACUGUGGAUUAUUUACGACUUUACCUUCAUUAACAUCAUCAUCACAUAUAGUUAUUGUACGAUUUAAAAGUGAUUACAGUAUUUCUUAUGAUGGAUUUCGACUAGAGUGGAAAGUUGAAGGUUGUGGUGGUGAACUUACCAGGUGGUCAGAUACUAUUACAACUCCAAAUUAUCCUGCUUAUUAUCCUUUAAAUAUUUCAUGCAUAUGGUAUAUAUCUGUACCUAUAGAUAAAAGAAUUUCAAUCCAAAUACAACACCUUGAGUUAGAAGGAGCACAUGAUUGCCUUUAUGAUUACCUAAAGAUAUACGGUGGUAGUGAUUUAUCUGCACCACUCUUGUUACAACUAUGUGAUACUCAGAAUAAUAAAACCAUUCAUUCUCAAGGCAAUCAUAUGACUUUGCACUUUUCUAGUGAUUAUACUAUUAAUGGCAAAGGAUUUAUUGCCCAUUAUCAAGCAAUUGAUGGUGGUUGUGGUGGUUUAUAUAAAGCAUCUUCUGGGAAUAUAGUUUCGCCAAAUUAUCCUCAAAAUUACGAUGUUUCUGAUGAUUGUUCAUGGUUAAUAGAAGUUGACAAAAACUAUUUGAUUGAAUUUACUUUUACAGAGUUUAAUAUGCCAUCAAGCACAAAUUGUUCAGGAAGUUACUUAGCUGUAAGUAAACUUCAUAGUCACUGUAAAUCAAUACUGUUUGAAAAAUAGGUAUUAAAUUUUUAU